UGGUGGUGGCCGCUGCAGCCGAGCACCAAUAUGCUCGUGAAGCUGGUGCUGGUAACUUGCCUUGGCGUCGCAACUGCCCGUCCCAAAAUGCGAGGUGGGAGGGAGCUGACCCUGCAUACUGGUGGUGCAGUAGAGUUGAUGAAGGAUCAACCAAACACUUCUUGCACUGCCAUCAUCUUAAUGGACAGUACUGCCACUCUUCCAGACAUCGUAAAGGAUUUGAGAUCAAUCUGGGAACAGUGGCAAACAGCGUCAAUAUUUGUGGUAAAUUUGGGAAACAAAAACACCAGCAUUAGUGACCACCUGUCAAAAGUGAUCUCCAUGGCACGCCAGGUCCGUCAGGCGUCGUGGUGCACGAUGGUGUUGAUGGUGAAUCAUAAGCCAAACAUCCUUAUCGCCUUCGCGGAGUGGUCUCUGAGGGGACGGCUGCUGGAGUGGACCACCAAGCUGGUGGUGGUGAGCCGUUUACCUUUAUCGGAGGUUCAGGUCCUCCUGUCUUCACACUGGACCUUUUCCAUGAUGAACACGGUUUUCUUUAUUACGGAGAGCGGCACACAGCAUUCCCGGUAAUGAAAAUACAACACUAGGUACAUGUGCAGACACGACUGGUUAGGUGAUCACAGACCUGUGUAGUAACACCUCUGGAAAUUAUCGACGGAAAUAUAGGCAACAGUAUUUACUACGGUAUAAUCUUUUUUGCUUAUGAAUACUUGUGAUGAAUUUGGCUGAGUGGCGUCAUCAACCACAAGUGUAGGAUAAAUUCCAUAGUUUAGUCCGGUCGACUGGAAAUAGGAGAAAUCAACCCUUUUGGAAUAUAAAGUCUACUUUUUAA